UGUUCCCCUGAAUAUUCAAGUCGUGGUGCUGGGCUGUAAUUGUACUGGUGGAGAGAAAAGAAAAGAAAGAAAAAAAGAGAGGGAUUAUUAUUUUAAUGAGGGACGAGAAGACCAAACAAACAAACAAACCCUAAUGCUAUCGUUCUUCAAAACCGGAAAAAUAAAAACCCUAGAAUAAUUUCAGGGGAUUUUUAAUCUGAAUCGAGAUCUAAAUUCAAAGAGACAACAAUCAAUCAAGAAACAAGGUUAGCUUCAUCAAAGAGAUUUCUUCUUUUUCCUUCUUCAAUUGUUUACUUACUUGUAAAGAUAUUGCUGAUUCUUGAUCAUUGAAUUUGGCAUUUUUUAUGUUUUUGAUUAUGGUUAUGGAAUUCUGAUAUAGGGUUUGAUAGAAUUGAUAUCCUCAUUACAAGAAAACGAAGUGGGUUUUUAUUUUCUGAUAAAGGGUUUGGAUCUGUUUUAGAGUAAAAAUGUUGUCGAGAUCGUAUACAAAUCUGUUAGAUCUAGCGUCGGGUAAUUUCCCGGCUAUGGGUCGGGAAAGGAAGAGACUUCCUAGAGUGAUGACUGUACCAGGUAUAAUAUCUGAGCUUGAUGAUGAUCAAGCUAAUAGUGUUACAUCUGAUGUGCCAUCAUCUGUUAUUCAAGAUCGGAUGAUUAUUGUUGCUAAUCAACUGCCUGUCAAAGCUAAAAGGAGGCCGGAUAAUAAAGGUUGGAGUUUUAGUUGGGACGAAGAUUCUUUACUAUUGCAACUUAAAGAUGGUUUACCUGAUGAAAUGGAAGUUCUUUAUGUUGGAUCAUUGAAAGUUGAUGUUGAUGUAAAUGAACAAGAUGAUGUUUCACAGAUUCUAUUGGAGAGAUUUAAGUGUGUACCUGCUUUUUUACCACCAGAUAUAUUAGCUAAAUUCUAUCAUGGGUUCUGUAAAUUGCAUCUCUGGCCACUUUUCCAUUACAUGUUGCCGCUUUCUGCUGAUCAUGGUGGUAGGUUCGAUAGAUCUUUAUGGGAAGCUUAUGUUUCUGCUAAUAAGUUGUUCUCGCAGAAAGUCAUUGAAGUCAUAAACCCCGAAGAUGAUUUUGUUUGGAUCCAUGAUUAUCAUCUUAUGGUCUUACCUACAUUCUUGAGAAGGCGUUUUAAUCGACUGAGAAUGGGUUUCUUCUUGCACAGUCCUUUUCCGUCAUCUGAGAUCUAUAGAACACUUCCAGUUAGAGAAGAGAUUCUGAAGGCGCUUUUGAAUUCGGACUUGAUUGGUUUCCAUACUUUCGAUUACGCUAGGCAUUUUCUUUCUUGUUGUAGUAGAAUGUUGGGUUUGGAGUAUCAAUCAAAGCGGGGUUACAUCGGGUUGGAAUACUAUGGAAGGAUGGUGGGAAUUAAGAUCAUGCCUGUCGGGGUUCACAUGCGUCAAAUUGAGAAUGUAUUGAAUUUGGCGGAUAAAGAGUGGAGGGUAUCCGAACUUAAACAGCAAUUUGAGGGGAAGACUGUAUUGCUUGGAGUUGAUGAUAUGGAUAUAUUCAAAGGGAUUAAUUUGAAGUUACUGGCGAUGGAACAGAUGCUAAAGCAGCACCCUUCAUGGCAAGGAAGGGCUGUACUGGUUCAGAUUUGCAAUCCUGCAAGGGGCAAAGGAAGAGAUCUUGAGAUAAUACAAGCGGAAAUAAAGGCAACUACCAAGAGGAUCAAUGAAGAAUAUGGGAGGACUGGUUAUGAACCGAUUGUUCUCAUUGACAAGCCAGUUAACAUCAGUGAACGAAUUGCUUAUUACACUAUUGCUGAAUGUGUUGUUGUCACUGCUGUGAGGGAUGGGAUGAACCUUAUCCCAUAUGAGUACAUUGUGUGCAGACAAGGAAUAACAAAACCGGAGUCUGAUUCAAAUUCCAGCGGGCCAAAAAAGAGUAUGCUAGUGGUAUCUGAGUUCAUUGGGUGUUCUCCUUCACUUAGUGGUGCAAUCCGUGUCAACCCAUGGAACAUUGAAACCACUGGUGAGGCAAUGAACGAAGCAAUUUCAUUGGCUGAGCCAGAGAAGCAGAUGCGACAUGAAAAGCAUUACAGGUAUGUUAGCACUCAUGACGUUGGUUACUGGUCUCGGAGCUUCUUGCAGGAUUUGGAGAGAACUUGCAGAGAUCAUUUUAAGAGAAGAUGUUGGGGAAUUGGUUUGAGCUUUGGUUUCAGAGUUGUAGCACUUGAUCCUAAUUUCAGAAAACUUUCUAUAGACACAAUUGUAUCAUCUUAUGCUCGAGCCAAGAGUAGGGCUAUAUUGUUAGACUAUGAUGGCACUGUGAUGCCCCAAACCUCCAUUAACAAGAGUCCAAGCGAAGAAGUCAUGUCAUUGCUUAGCACGCUCUGUAGUGACGAGAAAAACUGCGUUUUUAUUGUCAGUGGAAGAGGGAAAGAUAGCUUAGGCAAAUGGUUUUCCCCAUGUGAGAAGCUUGGAAUUGCAGCAGAACACGGUUACUUUGUGAGGUGGUCAGCAGAUGAAGAGUGGGAAACUUGUGGACAAACUACGGAUUUUGGGUGGAUACAGAUGGCUGAACCUGUAAUGAAAUUAUAUACUGAAACUACUGAUGGUUCAUCUAUCGAGACCAAGGAAAGUGCCUUGGUGUGGCACCAUCGUGAUGCAGACCCAGGCUUUGGAUCCAGCCAAGCAAAGGAGAUGUUAGACCAUUUGGAGAGUGUACUAGCUAAUGAACCUGUAGCUGUGAAGCGUGGUCAAUUUAUAGUAGAAGUGAAGCCUCAGGGUGUCAGCAAAGGUCUAGUUGCAGAAAAGAUCUUCACGAAAAUGGCUGAGAAUCAACGCAGGGCUGAUUUUGUAUUGUGCAUUGGGGAUGACAGGUCAGACGAGGAUAUGUUUGAAAUCAUUGGCAAUUCUAUGUCAAGGGGUAUAAUCUCCUCCAAUACAGCAGUCUAUGCAUGUACAGUAGGACAGAAGCCAAGUAAGGCCAAGUAUUAUUUGGAUGACACAUCUGAGGUCAUAAUGAUGCUUGAAGGUCUAGCUGAAGCCUCUGAUCCAUCAGUUUCACCCUAAAACCGGAGUAACGAGAAGCUUCCAUUAAAAUCUUCUGUCUGGUCUGCCUUUCACCAAAACCUUAAAUUUCUCCCAUCAGUUAUCCAGACAAAUCAGAGGAAGUUAUUCAACUCAAGAGUUGGAAGGUAUUAUUGAUCAUGGCUGGAUCUGAAACUGGUUGGAAAGGACUUCUGGUGAACAAAUGGUUCAAGGGAUUGGUGAUAGUAUCCAAAACAGAAGCACUUUUUCUCUCCUGUUGCAAAUGUACAUGAGAAAAGACUGAAGCUUUCGUGUCUGGGUUCUUGGGGUAAUAGUUUUCUGUACAAGGGAGUUUUAAAAGAUUGAGGGAUUCAUUCAUGGGGUUGGACAAGGGAAUCAGGAUUAUUUGGAAAAAAAACAAAAACAAAAAAGGAAGUGCCAAAUUUUUUCUUCUUACAUCACUGUAUGUUCUUCAUCUGGUCUUUCAUUUCAGCUGGCUAAUUUAGUAACUUUUUCUGUCCUGGAAAUCUAAGAUUCAGGUAAAAUAAAUACGUAAGUAGACAUUGGCUGGUGGAUAGGGUAAUUUGUUGAAUAUCACUGAUAAUACCAUUCUCCCUUCUUUUCUUUUUUUUAGAGUGAACUUUUGGUUACUUUUAGUAGUAGUACAAACUUUGAUGGUUGAUCUGAUUAUGUAAAUGUAAAUUUCAAAGAAAUCUAUGUUGUUUCUUUCUUAUUAAGUA